GAGAACUACGAUGACCCCCACAAGACACCCGCCUCCCCUGUGGUGCACAUCCGGGGGCUGAUCGACGGCGUCGUGGAGGCCGAUCUCGUGGAGGCCCUGCAGGAGUUUGGUCCCAUCAGCUACGUGGUGGUGAUGCCCAAGAAGAGACAAGCCUUGGUGGAGUUUGAGGAUAUCCUCGGCGCCUGCAACGCUGUUAAUUACGCAGCCGACAACCAGAUCUAUAUCGCUGGUCAUCCCGCCUUCGUCAACUACUCCCCCAGCCAGAAGAUAUCCCGCCCCGGGGACACGGAUGAUUCCAGGGGCGUUAACAACGUCCUGCUCUUCACCAUCCUCAACCCCAUCUACUCCAUCACGACGGACGUGCUGUACACCAUCUGCAACCCCUGCGGCCCCCAGCCCACGCGCCUCAACGUCUUCAAGAACGACCAGGAUACCUGGGACUACACCAACCCCAACCUCAGCGGACAAGGUAAUCUCCGAUGA